GGAAGUGAGGUUAUUGUUUUUCCUCCUUAAUUAGAGAAGUUACCAACCAGGCACAAUGGCCAGCAGUGCUUGUGUCUCUGCACCUCAUCCUUGGACGCUGUUACCUGAGUGACUGGGUGUUGGCAUCAAAUUUACAACAGGAAUGAUUUUACCAACGAAAACUAUGGCAACCCAGGAACUUUCUGUUAAAAGGAAGCUGAGUGAGAAUCCCUUGCAGGCCGAGGCCUCAUCUCCAGUGGAACUGGGGAGGAUUCCCACUGUGGCUCUGCACAUGCUGGAGCUGUUUGACACGACUGUAGAGCAGCUGUGCAGCGUCUUUACUGUGAAAGAGUUGGUGCAACAAUUUUCUAAAUCUCCUGCUGUAUUAGAAGCUGAAAAGGGAGGGAAAUUCCAAAUGUUUGAUGGGAACAUCACUGGCAAAUAUGUAGAAUUGUUAACAAAUAAAAAGAUCAUGAAGUGGAGAUGUAGGAGCUGGCCAGAAGGACACUAUGCAACAGUUGCACUGAAUUUUGUGCCUGCCCCAGGGCAAACGGAAUUACACUUGGACUGUAAAGGAGUUCCUAUCUGUAAGCAAGAGGACAUGAAAUUCUGUUGGCAGAAGCAGCAUUUUGAAGAAAUAAAAGGUUUACUGCAACUGACCACCCCAAUUGGUUGAAUUAGUUAGAUUUUAUAAAGUAUUACUUUUUGUAAGCAGAGAAAAUGUCAGGUUUACCUAUAUACUUCCUCUUAAAAAAGAAAACCUCUUAUUUUCUACUGGAUGAAAUCCAUGAACCUACAUAGAGUGUAAAGCAUUGUUUGACCUUUAACUGGACUCUGCAUUGAGUUAAAAGUAGCAAGCUGAAAUUAGGUCGUAACCUCACCUUCCAUAGAUGUUCCUCUAGAAGUAGAUCGCGUCCCUGAGUGCAGAUAGUGUUUUUUCCCCAGCUAAAUCUUGUCCUAGUGCAAGCUUGCUUUCAGCUGUACUUUUAGUUCAAGACGACAAACAAAUAAAUGGCAUGCUGAUACUAUUCCUUUAUUUACUUUAGGGUUUUUAAGGUGUGUAGCUCUUAGGGAAUGAAAUAGUGGCAUGUUGCAUUCAAAAGCAUGUUGAUCUGGGGGCAAGCUGGCUGUGUUCUGUUCUGCUUCUCCCAGCCAUGGUUACACACUUUUCUCCCAGCCAUGGUUAUACACUUUGAGGUAGAGAGGAUUUAGAAGUCUAGGAGGCUGUUACUUUUGUGGACUGCCACUGAUGUUUCUAAGAAAUAGACUAUAAUGGAUAAGUGCUUCCCCCAUUCACAGUUUUCUCAUUACUUUCACCUGAGAAGACUGAAGCAACAUAUGUAAACAAAUGAAAAGU